AUGGCUCCUGGGGCUCCCUCAUCCAGCCCCAGUUCUGUCCUGGCCGCACUGCUCUUCUCCUCGUUGGUGCUGCCGCCGGCCCAGGCCAUCGUCGUGUACACGGACAGGGAGGUCCAUGGCGCCGUGGGCUCCCGCGUGACCCUGCACUGCUCCUUCUGGUCCAGCGAGUGGGUCUCGGACGACGUUUCCUUCACCUGGCGCUACCAGCCCGCGGGCGGCCGCGACGCCAUCUCCAUCUUCCACUUCGCCAAGGGGCAGCCCUACAUCGACGAGGUGGGGACCUUCAAGGAGCGCAUCCAGUGGGUGGGGGACCCGCGCUGGAAGGACGGCUCCAUCGUCAUCCACAACCUGGACUACAGCGACAACGGCACCUUCACCUGCGACGUCAAGAACCCCCCGGACAUCGUGGGCAAAACCUCGCAGGUCACCCUCUACGUCUUCGACAAAGUGCCCACGCGCUACGGGGUGGUGCUGGGCGCGGUCGUCGGGGGAGUGCUGGGCGCGGUGCUGCUGCUGCUGCUGCUCUUCUACCUGGUGCGGUUCUGCUGGCGGCGCCGGCAGGCGGCCCUGAGGCGGCGGCUCAGCGCCAUGGAGAAGGGGAAGCUGCACAAGUCUGGGAAGGACUCGUCGAAGCGCGGCCGGCAGACGCCCGUGCUGUAUGCCAUGCUGGACCACAGCCGGAGCACCAAGGCGGCCAGUGAGAAGAAGUCCAAGGGGCUGGGGGAGUCUCGCAAGGAUAAGAAAUAG